ACCCGCACAUAACCAGUUGGCGGCGCUCUCCCCCGGCCUCUUCUCGAGUUAACCCCGUGCUCGCGCAGUGCGCGCUCCCGGUCAGUCGGCGGAAAAUCAGCUGAAAAGAUGGCGGAGGGCGCGACGUCUCUGAAGGGACUGCGAGCACAAAUGGUUGCUGCAGCCGAAGCCCAAGCCGAGGAGAGGCGGGGCCAGACUGGAACCAGUCCUCUUCCAGCAGCGUCACCGACAGGAAGCAACACUAGGACAGGCGCCAAGCCAGUACUCGAUGGAGCAACACUAAGGAUAGACGACAGGCUGAGGGUGGCUAAGGAGAGAAGGGAGGAACAGCACAAGCAACACGCUGCUAGAGAAACCCAAAUACUUGAACGAGAGAAAAAGGCAAAGUUGCUGUAUGAGAAACAGAUGGAGGAGAGACAAAGAAAGCUGGAAGAACAGCGGAAGAAGGAGGAGCAGCGGAGGUCUGCAGUGGAAGAAAAGAGAAAGCAGAAAAUGGUGGAGGAGAAGGAGCACUACGAAGCAGUGAUGCUGCGCAGUUUGGAACGCAGCCAGCGACUGGAGCAGAGGCAGAAGAGAUGGUCCUGGGGUGGAGCUGUGACUGUGGAAUCUGACAGUAGAACUGGUGAUCAAGGAACAGACCCGACACAUCCUGUAGAUUUAAUUGACUCUUCCUCUCCUGCAGAGCCUCAGACCGUGCAAGAAGUUGACAAACGCUCUGCAUCCACAAUGAACCUGAAACAGACAGAUUCUGUUAUCAACAAACGUCUUUCCUCAUCGUCUGCUACCCUCAUGAAUUCCCCCGACAAAAGUGCCCAAAGGAGGAGUUCUUCCCUUAACAGAUUGGCUAAUAAGGCCACCCAGCCCCCUAAGGAGCCCCAAAAACUAUCUCAGAGGGAGCAGACAGGCUCUGUCCUGAAGAAGAGGAGCUCUUCAUUAAGUAGACUGGGAAGUAAAUCCCAGGCCUCUCCAAUGCUAGAGAAAGGGACAAAGGAGGAAGAAAAAGCUCGUCGUUCUCACGCCAGUGCCCUGGAUAGCGGUUUCAUCAGUCGCCUGCUCACUCCCACACAGGCCUCCUUAGCUAGGAGCAAGAGUACAGCUGCCUUGUCGGCAGAAGGAUCAGUUCCCCCAGAGUCUCACCUCUGUCCUCGUUCAGCCUCUGCCAGCUCCAUUCACCCCCCCAAAGGACCCCUGCGCAGCCGUAGCAUCGACCGGCAGAAAGGAGGCCCCCCCUCCACAGCCUCCUCCGAUGGAGCCCCUGAGAAUACACAGAAACCAGAAAAGCAAAGGCGUCCUCCUUCUCCAGCAGGGAAGAGGCCCCCCUCCCCUUCCAACCUGCCAGGGCGGCGCCGAUCUCCCUCUCCCUCUCCGUCCCCAGCCACCACAGCCAAGAGACCGCCUUCCCCUUCCACAGCCAAGCCAAGCCCCCGGAAUCGCCCCCCGUCCCCCAGCGGGGUGAAGCAGCGCCCCUCUUCUCCGCAGCCUGCUGCGAAGCCAGUCCCCAUCCAGCGACCCGCUCUCACCCCCACGGGACCCCCCACCCUCCGGAAGAGGGAGCCCAAACCAAAGGAGAGCCCUGCAGUGGCGCCCGAGUCGCCCCAGUCCCCCGAGCCUGCAGUGGCCGCCAGCAGCAAGACCAAAGAGGAUCCGAGCGCCAAAAAUAUUGCAGGGACCACGUCUGCUGAAGAGGCAGCUAAAAUCCUGUCUGAGAAUCGUCGCUUGGCUCGAGAGCAGAAAGAACGAGAGGAGCUGGAGAGGGUGCAGAGGCAAGAGGAGGAGAGGAUAAGGAAAGAGGAGCAGCAGCUGCGUGAGGAGGAGGAUAGGGCCAGACGGGAAGAAGAGCAGCGCAGACUGGAGGAGGAGCGGAAGGAGGAGGAGGAAGAGAGAGAGCGCCUGGAGGAAGUGGAGAGAGCCAGGCUUGCGAGAGAGGAGCUGGAGAAGCAGGCUGAGCUGCAGCUGCAGAGAGAAGAAGCCGAUGCUCUUGCUCUGAAGGAGGCUGAGAAACAGAGGCUGGAAAGAGAGAGGGUAAUGCAGAAGAACCAGCAGGAGCGUAUUGCGAGGAAGAAGAGGAUUGAAGAAAUAAUGAAGAGAACAAGAAAGGGGGAGCAAAACGAUUCAAAGAGAGAUGAGAAGUCUGAUAACCAGGGCUCUGAUGAUAAUGAUGAGGACAAGAUGUCAAAUACUGAGAGUGAUGACAAGGAUGGAGAGGAGAACGAGACAGACGACUUUGAAGAAACAGACGCCCUUGAGGAAAGUGAGACUGAAGUUGUGAGCAUGCCAACAGAAUCGGAGACUGAAACUCAGGGUCUUCCUGAAGCAGAGAGUGUGACUCAAGAUAAGGAGGCUGUGCCUGAAGAGGGAAAGGGAGCUCCAGAGGAAGCGGAAGCGAAGGUUGUAUCUCCUGAUGAGGGUGUGGUGACUGGGAGUGUGAACGGAGGGAUGGAGGUUGAAGACAAAGAGAACAACAAUGGGAGAUAUUUAGAGACCGUCCAGCCUGUAGCAGUCAGCCUAACCCCCAAAUCCAAACUGGUGGAAUCCUCCGAAUUCCUGCAUGUGAACGAGGAUGACAAAGUGGGACAUUUGUCGAACCUGAACGGGAAGUCAGGCUCUUGGACCUUUGAGGAACUGAUAGAUCUUGGAGUUCAUUCCAAGACGGCCGUAAUAACUGUAGACAGCAUGAACCAAAACCUGAUCGACGCUGCAGGCAUUCCUGAGGGCCCCAAAGUUGCUUUUGAAGAUAAGACUGUGAUGGCGAUGAGCAAACCCAUGGAAGCUGUGUCAGAAAUGUAAUUGCUGCCGGCCCGGAAGGUCUGUGAUCGUUGCACUCCAAGAAUCCUGUCUUUUACUGAGUACUGGAGACCUUUGAUAAGAAAAAACUAAAAACGAUGCUGCUUUGAGGAAGAGAAUGAGAGAGAGAUAACCGGGUAGCAUCAAGAUUGAAACCAUGGCCAGGAAGCCCGCGUUGAAGAGCAGCAAUGUGGAUUGCUCAUUUUGCACCUCGAUAUACAUAUAAAACAUGCUUCAGGGAAUUCAUUCCUUUACUGUGCUGUGCUUCUUUCUCUUAGAUUUCAACUUAACAUGAUUUUUCUUUUCUUUUUUUUUUUUAGGGGGAGCAGGGGGGUUCAUCAUAAUUUAUUCAGCCAGUUUCGUAACAUACAUUUUUUGGUUUUAGUCCAUAAAAUGUGUACAGUAAUAUUCUCUUGAUUUUUGCAAUGUAAAAAUAGGCAGAGAUCAAUAACAGCAAAAUAAAAAAAUAAAAGUAAAAUUCUCCUUUUUUAGAUAUUUUUGGUUUUAUUGGCCAGUUUUCCUCUAUUGCAAUCCCCAAACCUCAUUACCCCUUACCCCCAGCCUCAUACCACUGCCUGAAAAACUCCCCAAGGAAAAGUGGGAUAUUAGCUUAAAAAGGCUUCCGCACAUGUGCUCUGUUAGUGCCUGUUUCUGGAAAGCACAAGCUGAAGCGGUGAUCCGGAAGGGGUACUUUGAUGUGUUUGCUCCCUGCAUAUUCACUUCUAAAUACAUAGCAAGUUCACGAAGUUUCUGGGUGCCUAAACGCAGUAUGUGUUCUAAAUAGUGUCUGGAGGCUAUGGCUAUUGUAUAUGUUGCCUUGCUGGUAUAAAGACUUUCAUUUUUAUUAGUUGUGUUCAGGAGACAGGCCACUGCAUCUUGCUUAGUACUUUACCGGCUGCCGCAGAGUGAAUGCAGCUUAGCCUUACCAGAGGCCAAUGACUUGUGCUUAGAGCUGUGAGGUCUGCUGUCUGAGCCGUGUGCUGUUGCCAUGUCUUGGUGUUUUAGGUUGAAUGUCUUGUAUACUGUACAGUACUAACAAACAUUUCACAGAAAAGAUGGGUAGGUAGGUUCUGCCUUCGGGCACUGCUAGAGUGUAAACCGUGACGGUAAAAAGGGCAACCAGGAAGCACAUGCUGUCAUUUUUCGGUCCUGGACCAGCUGUUGUGUUUUUUUGUUUUUUAAAAUUACGUGAAGAAACGUCUUGUGUUUCUCUUGGUAAACUUAGCAGCUGGCGAUAUUCUGCAUGAUUUUGAGCUCUUUUCAAGCUCUUUGAUAGAACAGUACUUCAAUGUUAAUAUUGCAUACAGUCUUGUAGUAAUUGUACAAUUGUGUUUCCCAAAGUUCAGUGUCUGGAGCUAGUAAUGAGAGACGGUUUCUGAAGGGCCACAAACACACACAGGAGGGGCUGAGCUUCAAAUGCCGGUGGCCUGUUUUGAAUGAAAGGUUAAUUGUUGUUGUAUGUGUAAGUCUUUUCAAUGUUAUGUUCUUUUAAGUAGUAUUAUUGCAAUAUUACUGCACUAAUAAAGACUAGGAUAAACUCAGUACUUUGCCGCUUACCAUUUAAAUAUUGACUUAUUUUUAAAUAAAUAUAAUUUUGCUUAUCAUUUAUAUGUAUUUAAGUAUAUUUCUACAUAUUUUACGUGUGUGUGUGUGUGUUAUUGUAUUGUGUGUACAUAAACAGUAUUAGGCCAUGAAGCCAUUUUGUUGCUGGUGAUACUGUAUUUUUUUUAACUGCUUCCUAGUCCUGCAUCAUUUCAGUUUCGCCUUGUUGGACUUGAACCUUUUGUUUUGUUUUGUUACUUAAUUGUUCAAGAAAAAACACGUCAAUUGUACUUUAAUAGAAUAUUUUGUAUGUAAACGUGUGUUUGCACGGGUUCAAAAUAUAUCAGCUAUUGCAAGUUCUUUGGAUAAAAAUGCUUAAUGCUCUGGCUUGCGUAAUUCCAGCUGGUUCCUGCUUGCAAUACCGCAUGUGAAGUUUCUGUGUCUGCAGCAAGAAUUAUACGGAUCAAGCCAACACUGCUGUGAGAUUUAUUUAUAUUGAUGCCGUAAAACAGUGCGGAUUUAAAACAUUUUCCUUCCCCUUUGGGAAAGGAAAAAAAAGCCCUGGUUGCAAUCAUCCCCAUUCUCUUACAGGAGAGCCAUUUCAAUGGCUAAAAUACCAUUUUUUUUCUGUGUCCUCUCCCCUCUGUUUGAUUCUGAGUUGAGCUUAUACUCCUGGGGAUACCCAUUAUCUCUGAGCAGGAGAUAUGUAGUAUCCAAGCAACUAGUUCUGCAGAGUUUCUGUAGAGUUUUAUACUGUACCACAAAUGUAGGGUACAGCCUAGGAACUUUGGGGCAGCUAGCUGACUGCCUCAGAGCGCUGCUGGUACUUCUGUGCCUCUCAAUUUAAACUUGUUGCAUGCAUGAACCUAUUACUAAAAUAGCCCUACAUCUGGCUAAAUAGCAUAUGUACUACCUUUGUAAUUUAGAUGCCUUACUACAUGAGUUAAUGACUUGCCUGUGUUCUGUUGGGAAGCCAUUUGUAUAUAAUGCAAUACUAAAAUAUGAAAGUUGUCAACAUUGUUUUCAACCAUAGAGAUGAAUGCCCCCAAUUUCCUCUCUGAGAAUGUAAUGCUUAGAAAAAAUACAUAUAUUGCAGUCUUGUUAAAGUGUUUGUAUCCUUAACCCCCCCCCACCCCGCUAUUGACGAAACAUUGCUUUCACAUAUAAUAAAUAAACAAACACAAACGUAGUGAAGUGUAUAUAUAAAAAGUAAUAACCUUUCUUGGGCUUUGAAAGCAUGCACCAUUAGACCUAUAUGUGUGUGUGUGUGUAAAAACAAUAUAUAAAAGAACUUGACUACGUUUGUUUAUUUUGUUUUGUGUGCUUUCAAUGUUACAUAAAAUCCUCAGACAGGAGAGACGCUGCUUAAAAAAAGCACAGAUUUGUCUUGUUGGAAACCCUUUUUGUCUUUUACAAACAAUAAUAAUAAAACCCCAUUCUGGUUGCAAUGUUUUAGACUAGAGCAGUGCCUUAGACAAGAAUCGGUUGUGUAUUUUUGUAAAAUAGCUUACCCUGGACAUGACAAUCAUUUUGCAAGCGGUCUCUGAAGAUGUCUCUUGCUGUGCAGAUGUUGUUGAAUGCUCUGUUCACAGCUCUAUGUAAAUAGAUCUUAAAUGUACUGAUAAAAUAUGAAACGUUUAAAUAAAGUUUUGCAAAAUUAAAAAAAGGAUGAACAUA